AUGCCCAACAAAAUGCCCAACAAAAUGCCCAACAAAAUGCCCAACAAAAUGCCCAACAAAAUGCCCAACAAAAUGCCCAACAAAAAGCCCAACAAAAUGCCCAACAAAAAGCCCAACAAAAAGCCCAACAAAAUGCCCAACAAAAUGCCCAACAAAAUGCCCAACAAAAUGCCCAACAAAAUGCCCAACAAAAUGCCCAACAAAAAGCCCAACAAAAAGCCCAACAAAAUGCCCAACAAAAAGCCCAACAAAAAGCCCAACAAAAAGCCCAACAAAAAGCCCAACAAAAAGCCCAACAAAAAGCCCAACAAAAAGCCCAACAAAAAGCCCAACAAAAAGCCCAACAAAAAGCCCAACAAAAAGCCCAACAAAAAGCCCAACAAAAAGCCCAACAAAAAGCCCAACAAAAAGCCCAACAAAAAGCCCAACAAAAAGCCCAACAAAAAGCCCAACAAAAAGCCCAACAAAAAGCCCAACAAAAAGAAUGUAAGAUUUCAUGUCCAAUGUAUACAGGAUAAAUUUAUCUUCUUCUGCAAGGACCUUUCCUAA